AACCUGCUUGUUGACUCCCUGCAGCUCUUUAAGUGCCCGUGCCCUGCUCUGUCCCCAGAUGCUGCUGCUCCAGGUGAAGAUGCCGAGGUGGCAGCGGGGACAAACGGGAAGGGAAGCCCCGAGGAGGCCCCCAAUCCAGUCCUGUUCCUGAACAGCACAGGACCUGGGGAAUCCCAGCGUUCCACACUCCAGAGCGUGAUCAGCGGGGUUGGGGAGAUGGACAUCGAGAAGGACUCUCCGAAGAAGGAGGACACCCAGGCCAAGGACCUGCCCUAUCCAGACUGUCCCUUCCUGCUCCUGGACGUGCGGGAUCGGGACGCCUACGACCAGUGUCACAUUGUGGGAGCUUAUUCCUACCCUAUUGCCACGCUGUCCAGGACCAUGAAUCCAUACACAAACAGUAUUCUGGAAUAUAAAAACGCCCACGGGAAGAUCAUCAUCGUGUACGACAACGACGAGCGCUUGGCCAGCCAGGCGGCCACCACCAUGUGUGAGAGGGGCUUCGAGAACCUCUUCAUGCUCUCCGGGGGUGAGUGGCCUGGGAACAGCUCCCAGAGAUCCCCUGGGCAUGGGAAGAGCUCCUCGAGGGCUCCUGGGA